AUGUCUGAAGAGAUCUUAAAUAAAUUAAAAAAGAAGCGCGCAGCUCUCCGAACAUCAGUAACGAAAUCGCUUAAAGAUUUGGAAUCGCAGCUUUCGGAAAUUGAUCCGAAAAUUCAUGAUUUGGAAGAAAAUUUAGAAAUAUUAAAGAAUAAUUUCGAAUCGCUUAAAAGUGUCGAUACAGAAUUAGAACCUCUUUUUAAAGUCGAAGAAUUUGAUGCUGAAUUCCAAAAAUCUGAAGAAUAUCGCCAAAAGGUCGUUAAAUGCAGUUUCCGUACCUCCAAAAGAAUCGACGAAUUAAAACGCAAAUCUACUGAAACGGUAGUAAAUAACCAGUUCAGUACUGAUAGUCAAAGCGAACCAAAACAUAACGAGUCUGUUCGAAUUAAAUUACCUAAGUUAACUUUAACGAAAUUCUACGGAGAUAUAAACAACUGGCUAACCUUUUGGAACAGUUUCGAGUCUGCCAUUCAUAAAAAUGAUUCAUUAGAUAAAAUAGACAAAUUUAAUUAUUUGAAAGCUCAUUUAGGUGGUUCUGCUUUAAAUACAGUCGAAGGAUUACCGAUUACUGCUGCUAAUUACGAUUCCGCAAUUGAUCUUCUAAAAGAAAGAUUUGCGAAAACAGAUGUGCUCAUUUACACUCACAUAAAUAACAUUUUGAACACUAAACCGUUGAAAAUCUCGAAUGAUGUUCGCGCCUUUAGAAAAUUUUAUGAUAAUAUUUCUAUCGAAUUAAGAUGUUUAGAAAAUUUGGGUCAGUCUCUCGAGAAUUUAUCAAGUGUGUUAUGUCCAAUAAUUCUGAAAUCACUUCCCCAAGAUAUUUUGCUUGAGAUUAACAGAAUGAGUAAUGGAAGUGCGUAUUGUAAUAUUAAAAGCCUGUGCUUGAUUAUAGCUCAAUGUUUAGAUUCACGCGAAAGGGCGGAAGUCAUAAAUAAGAAUUCAGAGCAUUCGACAGCGAAUAGUGGGCGCCGUCAGUCUGCGUAUGCAGUCCAGAAAAUAAAACUCGUCAUUUCAGCGCGAUGGAAAGAGCAAUAA